AUGGAAAAUGAUACCCUAGGUUUUCCUGACGAACAUGUCAUAAUAGGAGAUGAUGCUUUUCCUUUGAGAAUAAAUUUAAUGAAACCUUAUAGCAAACGUAAAUUAUCCAAUAAGGAAGUAAUUUUUAAUUAUAGGUUAUCAAGGGCCAGGCGCGUAGUCGAAAAUGCUUUCGGAAUAUUAGUUUGGCGAUUUAGAGUAUUUUUAGGACCAAUAGAAUUACAACCAUCAACCGUGGACAAAGUUAUUUGGAGUGUUUGUGCUCUACAUAAUUGGCUACGGAUGACAAAUUCAAAUGCAUAG